GUCGAUGCCGAGUGGAAGGCAAAGAAAGCCGCUGCACAGCGCCAGCGCGAACUGCAGGAACUACGGAAGAAGGCCGAGGAGCAACGCAAGAAGAAGCUGGAGGAAACCCGGAAGAAAGAAGAGGAGGCGAAGAAAGCCGAGGGUGCUGAGGGCGAUGCCCCCAUGGAAGAGGCCAAGGAGGAGGAGGUGAAGGAGGAGAAGCUGGACGUCAAGGAGGAGGAGGAGAAGGAGGACGACGGGCUGGGCGACGAGCCCCCGAAAGCCGAGCUGACGGAAGAGGAGAAGAAGAAGUACUUCCGCAACAGGCAAGGCAUACCAGACCUGGCACCUACGACGCUUCGGAAGUUCCUUCAGCA